AUGGGAUCCGAUCCUCAAUUUGCAAAGUAUCCAUUCCUUCCGCUCGCUCAGCAUGUUUUUAAUAUUACCAAUCCAUACGCGUCUAAGCCUGUACAGCAGGCGUCGCUUCUGAGUAUACAGAAUGCUAUUUCAGAGCAUAAAAUGGCACCUCUAUAUCGGUACAUCGCGCACCCGACGGAAGGGAUUUUUGGCGAGAAUAAUCCUUCUCUUACACAUGAUACGAAAGGAUGCGGACGAAAAUCAAGUGCAAUAGGGAUGGUAGCAAGUAGGAAUUCUAUACCCAAGCUUGAUCUCCCAUGGAAUGAAAGUCUAUAUGAAAGCUUAAAAAAAGAAAAUGAUGAGGAGCUCGAGAAAUUCAAAGUGGAAGAGGAAGAGGCUGCAGAGAAGGCCGGAGAUACAGAGGUUCAAGCAGCUAGGGGAAAAAAAGCAGAUUAUCUUGCUCGAAUAGGUGACAAAGACCGAGCAAUCGCAGCAUACGAAGAUGUUUUUGAGAAGACAGGCGUUUUAGGUACAAAAAUUGAUAUUGUUCUAGCAGUUGUCCGGAUGGGAAUAUUCUAUGGAGAUAAGCUUCUCAUUAAAAAGCAGAUUGAUCGUGCUAAAGCUCUGGUCGACAGUGGUGGUGACUGGGACCGAAGAAAUCGAUUAAAAGCAUAUCAAGGGCUUUAUCUCCUAACCGUUCGUCAAUACGAAGCCUCUGCACCCCUCCUUCUUGAUAGCCUCUCCACUUUUACCAGCUAUGAGCUUUGUUCGUACUCAUCACUAGUUAUUUACUCGGUCCUAGUUGGAUCUGUUUCUUUAAAACGCGGCCACUUCAAAUCCAAGGUUGUUGAUGCACCUGAAAUCAAAGCUAUUCUCGGGGACGGUCGAGAUAAAAUAUCAGCAUUGUCUGGGAAACUUUCCGCUGGUCCUGGAGCUGACGAUGAAAUAAAAGAAGCAACACCCGAUAUAACUAGCCAAACCGCUGUUAAUUUAACUACGCUCGGUCAAGAUGUACCAGAGGCAGAAACUUCUGUAAACUUCUCUCCAUUAACUAAACUAGUCGGAGGUUUAUAUGCAGGUAAUUAUCUAUCAUUUUUUGAAGCACUUGCCGAGGUUGAAGUCGAAUUCUUACGGCAAGAUCGUUAUCUUUAUGAACACCGCGGCUGGUUCGUCAAAGAAAUGCGUCUACGUGCAUAUCAACAGCUAUUACAAAGUUAUAGAGUCGUUGGGCUUGAAAGUAUGGCUAAAGAAUUUGGUGUGACAGUGGACUAUUUGGAUCGGGAUCUAGCCAAAUUUAUUGCUGCUCAACGUAUCCCCUGCACUAUUGACCGCGUCACAGGCAGUGGUAUAAUCGAGACUAACCGGCCCGACAACAAAAACAAACAGUACAGCGAUGUAGUCAAACAGGGGGACCAACUCAUUACAAAGUUACAAAAAUACGGCCAAGCCGUUCGUUUAAGAGGAAGUGAGCGCGCUUAA